AUGUUUGACAAUGGCGUUGCCCACUUGAUUGAGGGAGUCGAUAUUGACCGACCUACUAAUGCUCUUACGCUAACUCUCAGCCAUCAUGUGUCUUUUGGCGACUUUCGAGUAUACUUUGAGCCUGUUGGAGAGACGCAUACAUAUCGGAUAGGUACAUUUCUGCCAGCUGGUCUUGCAGAGGAUGUCCCUGUCACUCGAACACUCUUUACCGAGGACCGGAGUAUCGAUCCGCCGUCUGCUCGCUUGCUUGCGGUUCAUCGUGCUAUAGCGCAUAUUUUGCACCUUUCUGCCGCCGGCGACUAUAUUGAUCACGUGCUGAGAGAUGUUGAUGAAUUCGGUAUUCGAGCAGAUGGAUCCACUGAUCUAUCACGCUUGUUGAAACUGAGGCUCGGAGACGCCCCAGGCAAGGGCCAUGUUGCGUAG